UCUCCUCCGUCCUUACACUUAUACAGAGUUUGCUCUCUUCUUCUUGUUCUUUGUUUUUCUUCUCCGGCCGGUGACCGCCGAUCUUCUCUCUAGAUUUCCUUGUUUCAGACUUUUUCUGAAUCAUUUUCUUGUAGAUAAAGACUUCUGCAUACGAUUAUCUUCUCGAGUGAUCAGCAAUGGCGGAUCAACUCACCGACGAUCAGAUCUCUGAGUUCAAGGAGGCCUUCAGCUUGUUCGACAAGGAUGGCGACGGUUGUAUCACAACCAAGGAGCUUGGUACUGUUAUGAGGUCACUAGGUCAGAAUCCAACCGAAGCGGAGCUUCAGGACAUGAUUAAUGAGGUCGAUGCUGAUGGCAAUGGAACAAUCGACUUUCCCGAGUUCCUAAACCUCAUGGCUAGGAAGAUGAAGGAUACGGAUUCCGAGGAGGAGUUGAAAGAGGCAUUCCGAGUCUUCGAUAAGGACCAGAAUGGCUUCAUCUCCGCUGCUGAGCUCCGCCAUGUGAUGACCAAUCUCGGCGAGAAACUGACCGAGGAGGAGGUCGAUGAGAUGAUCAGAGAGGCCGAUGUGGAUGGCGAUGGCCAGAUUAACUACGACGAAUUCGUCAAGGUCAUGAUGGCCAAGUGAGAAUCAUGAUGCCCCCCCUUCUACUAUCACCAGAAUUCAAUGAUAAUAAUUCUACUCAAAAAGCAAAAAAAAAAUCGAGGGUUGGUUUACUUUAUAACUGGAUUCUCCUGAUUUUCCCUUUGAUUCCCGUCCAUCAGUCUUCAUCGUCAGUUUAAAAAUUGGGGUUUUGUUUUAUACAAAAUCCUUAUUAGGAAAAUAGUUGUCUCUGCUUUGUUUGUGACGUCUUCAAUUUGAAUGUAUCAUUUGACAAGAAAAGUGUCUUCGCUGUUCCUCUUC